UCACGGUUAGCUUGAUAGGCUAGCAGCUAGCUAACAGUUAGCAUUUCAUUCGGUCGCUAGCUGCCUAACAACACGGAAACAAACCCCGGCAGAGGCUCCUCUCCAGCGGGACUCUUUGUGACUGGUACCGGCGCACCUCACCCUGUCCUCUCCUCCCGGCUGUCCCCGGCUCUCCGUCCUCCUGGUCCAGACCCGGUCGUGAAUCCUGAAACAUGUCGGCGGUGCAGCGGAUGAAAGUGGCGAACGAGCGGCACAGCAAGACGAUCACACAGCGGGGACACGUACAGAAAACAUCGCGGCCUGUAAAUGAGGAGAAGUCUCCGGUGGGACCAUGGCUGCUCGCUCUGUUUGUCUUCGUGGUUUGUGGGUCAGCCAUCUUCCAGAUCAUCCAGAGCAUCAGGCAGGGCAUGUGAUGACCUUUGACCCUGGAGGAGCCGAGCCUGUCCCAUGACCCCGCCCAACACACACACACACACACACAAACACACACAGUUGUUCCUGUGGAGUUUAAAUCUGAGCUGGUUCUUCUUCUUCUCUCUCUGUGUUUUUUUACUCUCUUCAUUAUGGAUGAAGCUGAUCAGAUAUUGAUUAUUGAUUGCUUAUUGAUUACUGUUGGUUGUUGUUGUCUGACACAGUCGUCCAGAUGUUGAUCUCUGCUGUUUGUCUCUGACGUUUCGCUGAAGUUUGUCUGACCUGAGAUCAGCUGAGAGAACAGAUGGCUGAGUUUCAGCUCAUCAGUACAAACCAUCAGCUUCCUGUUUGUGUUCAGUUUAAACGGUUUGACACCACUGUGACUAAUAAGGCUCAGACAGAAGACGCAGCGAGGGCGUUCACUCACCUGUCAUUCACCCUGAUCCUCAUCUUUCAACUGCUCAGUCCAUAUUUUCCACUUUUAAUCUGCUGCCAAUAAACCUCAACACUUCCUCUGCACAUUUCACAUUAAAAGUCCUCCAGCAGAGCCUGUUAUUGUCGGGCUUUUAAUGUGAAAUACAUGCAGCAAGUGUUUCAGUGGCAGCAGAUUAAAAGUGUGAGAUGAGACCAAUAUUUCCUGAGACGACCUACAGAGACAAGAAACAGCUGAUGAUGACAAGAUGAAUUAAAAUCAUCAGAAAUGAUCACAGGCUUUGAUUUGUAGUCGGUUUAUAACAGAGGGUUCCCACGGUCAUGGAAAAGUCAUGGAAUUUCACUGUCACAUUUUCCAGGCCUGGAAAACUUUUUGAGUUAGUAAAAACCCUUGAAAGCUUUGGAAGUCAUGGAAUUUUGUUGUGUGUAAUGAAAUCCGUGUUUCCUACAGUCAUGAAAUACCUGGAAAAGUUACAUUUAAAACAAAACUGUGCCCGGCCUGGAAAUGGUUUGGAAUUAACAAAAUGAUUUGUUAAGGAGUUUACAUUGUUUUAUCGAAACAUGUCUAACGUUCAAAACAUGUUCCUUGUAUUACUGAUUUAAAAUCUAGUGCUGCGCUUUAUGACCGCUGAAACGUGACGUGACGGCGAUCAACCUCCGUUUAUGAAGACAUAAUGUACACUCAGGUUCAGAAACAAUUAUUAGACAUGCACAAAGAACAAGAAACAAUUAUAAAUUAUAAUCCAAACAUGUCUAAUUGCAUUGACAUCUCCAGGAUCUGUGGUUUUCUGGCCCCCCAAAAAGGGGGUGUGGCCUUGACAUUUUGUGAAGUGCCUGUAUAUGCCAAUCCGGCCCGUUCUCACGCCCAACUCUUCAACUACUGCCGCUUUGUCUGUGGACCUCGGUAUGAGACACCGACGCACAGAGGCACCCUUCACGGUGGUACGAUAUGAACCGCUGCUGGCCACCACUGUCGUAUAAAGUCUGAACAUGGCGGGUGGCAGGGGAGGCGGACAGGUCAAACAAACGUCGGACUUAAACCUGGAAGUCCACGUUUGGUUUCCUGUGUCAGUCGAGCUAUUUUAAUAAUAAAGUAGCGUGCUAGUGUGUGUGGCAUGCUAAGCUAGUGUUGCAUGUGAUGUGAUGUUACAUGACGUUAGCAACAACUGCGCUUAUUCUAAGCCAAACCAUUAUGUAUUUUUCUAUCUCUAACCGCGUGCUUUUGCUGCCUAAACUUUAGGAAAUAAACCUAAAAACAAAGUGUUUUGCCUGCGCUGUAACUUUAUUUUGAAAAAGACUGUACGCAUUUAACGAGCAGAUACUCUAUUUCCUGUGAAAACAGAAGUUAAUUGCAUGUAACACGAGUAAAUUGACACGCUGUCCCUGAACGUCAAAAACUGACGCAGGAGGGUACUGUGAGUGUUAUAUUUUGACGUGUAGGUCCACUGAUAAAGCUGCGACAUUUGGUGAUUUGGGAUGAGAAUAUGUUGGGCGGUCUGCUCCGUUAGCAUACACAGCUAGUAGUUAUCUAACGAGCGAUUUAAGUUAUCACGAGUGCAGUUUGCUUAUCCAUAAAUGCCUGGAGCGCGUGUCUUUAAGAAUGUACGGCUUGGCAAUGGCAGAGACCUGGGCAAAGUGAUGUCAGCAGGGUAAAACAUUAUGGAAACGUUUUGAAAAUCCAUUGGUUAAAAAUGUGUGGGAACCCUGGAGGUUAAUGUUCUAUGGAUAACCUUCUAUGAAAUGUAACGUAACAAAUUAAUUUUCUGUAGCUGUCGAUGGGACGCAACGUUUUGUUCAUCGCGUACGUCUCAGUAAUUUCUCUUAGGUUCGUCUCUCCCUUCAUGUCUGCCAGCUAACUCAAAAUAUGUUUGAAUUGAGUUUGAAUCUGAUAUGUUUAAAAAAAAUUGGCAAGAUUUUUUUUGUAUGGGUCCUUCGAAAGUCAUGGAAAAGUUUUGAAAAUGUCUUGAUGAGAAUGUGAGGGAGUCUAAAAUUAAACAGAUUUCGUAACAAAGCACAGACAUGAUGCUCAACAUGAAAUUAUUUUCUUGUUCGUCUUCUCACAGAAGUUAAAGUUGGAUUUUUCAGUUAAAGGUGAUGAGAAGACGAUGCCAAUAUAAACCCUUGAAGUAAAAUAAGUCAUGUCUGAGCAGCAGCGGCAGUGUAAACGACAGGAUCUGUAUUUGAUGACCUCAGAGCAGCAGUCUGCUCUUGUUUCCGUCUGGCAGGAUGAAUCUCUCCUCAGACAAACAGGUUUAAAUCUGAUCUCAGCUCAGAGCUUCAGUCAGACGGUGAACUGCUGGUUUUGUAAAGCAGGUGUCGGUUUAGUCUUUGGAAGGUGAAGCAGACGAUGUGCUCCACUUUUAUACUAAAUAAUAAACCACAGAUAUUUUUCUCUA